CGGAUUUUCAACUCCAAUGUAAAGUCAGUGCUACUCACCAUACCGAUCAGAGACUUGGCGAGUCAUAAAGAGCAUCUCAAACAAACUUCAAACCUUCAUUAACAGCUGUCUUCGCUCAAUACUUAAGAUCAGAUGGCCGAUCAGAAAAGAUCAGCAACAGGGAUCUCUGGGAGCGAAUCAACACAGCAGGAACCGAUCGUGAAACAAAUAUGCAGGAAGAAAUGGAGAUGGAUUGGCCAUACUCUGAGGAAACCAGCAAGUGACAUCACUAGACAAGCCAUUGCGCGAGUGGAACCCGGAAGGGAGGCAGCGAGUUGGUCGUCCAAGGGUGACUUGGAGGAGGUCAUGCGAGGAGGAGAUGAAAGCAUGUGGACAGACGUGGAGCAGGGUGAAAAAGUUGUCAGGAAACCGAAGUCAAUGGAGGUGCGCAGCUGAAGCCCUAUGUUCCUCUAGGAAUUAAAGGAUACAAUAAUAAUAAUAAUACACAUAAGAUUAAUAAGCAUAUUUAGUAAAG